GACUGUCCUGCACAUCCGUAGCAAUUCUGUGUACAUUAAAUUUUGAUAAGCAGCCGGACCCCAUGGGGUCAGAUGUAGGGCCAAGAUGGAGGAUAGUCCAGGGAUUCCAGUAAGGCAACUACUGCGUAUACAGCAAAAGGAGGUCCACGUGAUGAGGAGGCUCGUUUCCAGGGUCGUCCACUAUGUGUCCGAUCGAUCGGGCAUGUUUCAACGACAUCUCUUCAUCAUCUUCCUACUAGUCUUCAUCUUCAUCUUGAGAUAAUGUUUUGUAAAGUGAACUUGAUAGCACGGGAUGCUGCCAAUUCGUGUCGAGGAGCCCUCAUGGUCGCCAGCCAGCUGCCAAUCGCCUAACUAGCGUUUAACUCCACCAGUUCUGAGCUCUUAGCUGACACUAACUGCUUGCUCGGUGUCAUAUGCAAUUGCGCGUUGACAACUUGACAUGGACAAACCGUGGGCAGGUUGCAUCCCAAACAAGCUGCUGUGUAGCCUCCGUCCCGGCUCCCGCUCUCAACUUCACGCCGAGGUUGGCUUUUUGCUCCUUUUCGUGCGUUGGUUCAUUUUCUGCACUAUGUCGAUGCUGCAUAGAGUCGACCACUCCGCCCAAUCUUGGGAUCCUCUCCUCCUUGCGAGUUAGCGACAAUCAAAUCCUUUAUUCCAAAUCGCUGUGUCUGCUUUCCCAUAGCGUCGUUGAACCUAGCGUGUAGGCUUCUCCUAUAGAACCCACCCAAAAAAAUACCCAGCUGUUCUGUCGCCAGUUAGUUUGGACCGGUGGCGCGGAUUCACGAAUGGAGGCGGAAAAGUAAAUAAUCACGCAUCUGCCGUAUCCGCUCAGCCCAACUACUAAUGACCAGCAAACCUUCCCUUUAUUUGCUUCUUUUGUUUUGCUUCUUCUGGUAACUUUUUUCUAACCUUAUUUCUAUUUCCUUUUUGUAUUCCAAUAUCCCACCUCGACUUCUCAAUCUCUCCGUUUCGUUUGUUCUAUACUCUCCUACUACGCCUCAAAUGGCUCUUGCAGCGGUUCCAUUAUCCUUGGCUGUGCCAGCGGCCGCUGCGUCGGUUGCCUAUCUGGACGCACGAUGGGGCAUCUCAGAGGACCUUAAUGUGGUGUCCGCCCUCACCCGUUCCGCCCUCAAUCGUAUCCUAGCUGAGCGACGAGGCCAGUGCAAUCUGUUCAAUAUCAUGGAGAGGAACGCACUGGACAAGCGCACCACCAAUAACCCCGCUGUCGUCUACGACGGGCAAACCUGGACCUUCCACGAAUUAUACACAACUUCCCUGCGCUACGGCACCUGGUUCAAAAAGACUUAUGGCAUCAAAACGGGUGAUGUGGUGGCUAUGGAUUUUAUGAACUCUGCUGCGUUCAUCUUUAUGUGGAUGGGACUUUGGAGUAUUGGCGCGACGCCGGCUUUUAUCAAUUAUAACUUAGCCAAGGGUUCUUUGGAGCACUGUGUUAUGGUGUCGACUGCCCGCAUCCUAUUUGUUGAGCGAGAGUUGCAAGAGGAAUUUUUCCCACCGGAGCAGCUGGAGGUGUUUUCCAAGCCAGACUUCAGCGAAGGUGGCGCCGUCCAGGUGGUGUUCUAUGAUAAAGCGUUGGAGAGGGAAAUCUUACUGACGCCAGCUGAGCGCGCUCCGAAUUCGAGUCGGCCUGGGUCACUCGCAAGCGAUACUGCCACUCUCAUAUAUACCAGCGGCACGACGGGAUUACCAAAGCCUGCCAUUGUUAGCUGGCACAAAUGCAUCAUGGGCGCCGGAUUUGUUAGCAAAUGGAUGGGUUUGAAAAGGACAGAUCGCGUUUACACAUGCAUGCCGCUUUACCACUCCACAGCUGCCAUUCUAGGUUACCUAGCCUGCAUGGUUUCAGGAACAACCAUAAUAAUUGGCCGCAAGUUCUCCGCCAGCAAUUUCUGGAAAGAGGUCCGCAACACCGAAGCAACUGUCGUUCAAUAUGUUGGCGAAACCCUCCGAUACUUGCUCGCUACACCACGCGAAAUCGACUCUGUCACCGGCGAGGAUCUUGAUGUUAAGAACAAUGUGCGCAUGCUCUACGGCAACGGCCUGCGGCCGGACGUGUGGAAUCGCAUUAAAGAGCGAUUCAACGUGCCGAUUAUCUGUGAAUUCUAUGCUUCGACAGAGGGCAACUCUGGCAGCUGGAACAGAUCCAGCAAUGACUACACCGCAGGAGCCAUCGGAAAGAACGGCCUACUUACCCAGCUGAUAGCCGGCCGUACCGUGGCAGUCGUUGAGCUGGACUAUGAAACUGAACAGCCACAGCGCGAUCCUAAGACGGGUUUCUGCACGAAAGUCCCCAGAGGGGAGCCUGGCGAGUUACUCUUCGCUCUAAACGCUGACAACAUCAAGUCGACCUUCCAGGGCUACUUCAACAACAAAGGCGCGACAGAGGGCAAGAUAUUGCGUGACGUGCUGAAGAAGGGGGACGCGUGGUUCCGGACCGGCGACGUCGUGCGCUGGGAUCCUGAAGGCCGCUGGUAUUUCUCUGACCGUAUCGGCGACACCUUCCGCUGGCGCAGCGAGAACGUGUCCACAAACGAAGUCUCUGAAGUCCUCGGCAAGCACCCCGAGGUGCUCGAAGCGAACGUCUACGGUGUCGCAGUGCCGAACAACGACGGUCGUGCCGGUUGCGCUGCCAUCGUCUUUCGUGAGCAGGCGACCGUUACCCCCGCACCAGGUUCUAAGCGCGAGAAUGACGCAUCGGAAAUACCAAUUCUGGAACCUUCACCUGCCGUACUGAACUCGUUGGCUAGUCUUGCGUCCGAGAACCUGCCCAAGUAUGCCGUACCGCUAUUUCUCAGGGUGACGAGAGAGAUGCAGUCAACUGGCAAUAAUAAGCAGCAGAAACAUGUGCUAAGGAAGGAAGGGGUGGAUGUGGAUUUGUUGAAUAGAAAGGGGGUGGACGAUCGGUUGUAUUGGCUUAGAGAGGGGAAGUAUGUGCCGUUCGGGAAAGCGGAGUGGGAUACUGUGAAGGCGGGGAGAGUUAAGUUGUAGUAGAUUCUUUUUUUUCAGAGAGGGGAAGAGACGCUAACCACGAUGAUGAUAUCUGAAUGAUACUGCUGCUGUGUGAGGAAUAGACAAGUGCUCAGCCUUGUGAACUCUGAUUGUGUAUAGUUUUCUUCGUUUUUUCCCCCUUUGAUUUCGGUCGUAUUUGGUAAUUCUGUUCUGGUUUUUUUUUUUUUUUUUUUU